CAGCAGCAGCUAUUAAAACUCUGAGGACCAAGGAGCACUGGUCACAAAAAUCUCUCAAAAUCAGCUACUGAGGAAGGAGGGGAGGGAAAAAAAGCUCUUUUGAAUUAUUGAACAUUAAGUCGUACUUAUCACAAUGCAUUGCCUGAAAAGUCUGAGAACAGCAAACCCGGGAAUCUUGCAGCUGUUUAAAAAUGCAGGGAUCUCCGCCAGAGCUGGGGCUGACAACACUGUUUUGUCCAGGACACAGCAACCUGUUCCUCUCCCCUGCUGGGUCACAGCAUCACCCCACACCCACAGAGCCUUUCAUCACCAGAAGGGCCCCGAUGUGGACCAAGGACACUCCAAGAGUAGGUUAAUGUCCAGUAUGGAGGAUCUACUUUUCUACACCAUCACUGAAGGCAAAGAGACGAUCCCCAUCUCCCAGUUCAUUUCUGCUUUGAGAAAAACGGGUUUGUUGACAUCUGAUCCUCGGCUGCGUGACUGUGUCCAUCAGAUGCGACAAACCACACGUGAUUCUGUUGGGCCAGUCAUGAUGGACAAGAAGCUCUUCAGAAGAUGUGUGGGAAACAACAUCAUGCUGCUCACUAAGGCUUUCAGAAAAAAAUUUAUCAUCCCCAACUUUGACGAGUUUACCCAGCACAUUAAUAAGAUGUAUGACAGCGCACAACAGCAGGAGGGAGGACAAGUAGCUGAUUACAUUCCUCAGCUGGCUAAGUUCAGCUCUGAUCUCUGGGGUGUAUCUCUGUGCACAAUUGACGGACAGAGAUACUCUGUGGGUGACACCAAGGUUCCCUUCUGUCUGCAGUCGUGUGUGAAGCCCCUGGAGUACGCCAUUGCUGUGCAUGAGCUCGGCAGUGAGCGUGUUCACCACUUUGUGGGCAAAGAGCCCAGUGGAUUCAAGUUCAACAAACUGUCACUUAAUGAGGAAGAUAAACCACACAACCCGAUGGUGAAUGCUGGAGCUAUCGUCAUCAGUUCUUUAAUUAAGCCUCAUUCAAAUAAAGCGGAGAGAUUUGACUAUGUGAUGGAGUUCUUGAAAAGCAUGGCUGGUACAGAGUAUGUGGGCUUCAGCAAUGCAACUUUCCAGUCAGAGAGGGAGACCGGUGACAGGAAUUAUGCAAUUGGUUAUUACCUCAAAGAGAAAAAGUGCUUUCCUGACAAUGCAGAUAUGAUUGCUGCCCUUGACUUCUACUUUCAGUUGUGCUCCAUUGAGGUGACCUGUGAGUCAGGAAGCGUCAUGGCUGCCACGCUGGCCAAUGGCGGUAUUUGUCCAAUCACAGGCGAGCGUGUGCUGAGCGCUGAAGCAGUACGCAACACCCUGAGUCUCAUGCAUUCCUGUGGCAUGUACGACUUCUCCGGACAGUUUGCUUUCCAUGUGGGCUUGCCUGCAAAGUCUGGAGUUUCAGGUGCUGUAUUGCUGGUGGUCCCCAACGUCAUGGGUAUGAUGUGUUGGUCCCCACCGUUAGAUCGGCUGGGAAAUAGUGUUCGUGGCAUUCACUUCUGUCAGGAGCUGGUGUCGCACUUCAACUUCCACAAUUACGACAACCUGAGACACUUCACUAAGAAACACGACCCCAGAAGAAGAUCAGAUGAUGAUCCAAACAAGUCAGUGGUGAACCUGAUGUUUGCUGCAUACAGUGGUGACGUCUCUGCUCUGAGGAGGUUUGCCCUUUCAGCUGUGAACAUGGAGCAGAGAGACUACGACUCUCGCACAGCGCUCCACGUCGCUGCAGCCGAAGGUCAUGUGGAAGCUGUAAUCUUCCUGACUGAAAUAUGCAAAGCAAAUCCCCACAUGAAAGACAGAUGGGGUAACACACCUCUAGAUGACGCCAUGCAGUUUGGCCAUGAUGUUAUUGUUUCAGUCCUGCAAGAGUACCAGCGUGUUUACACUGACAGCGACUCAUCAUGCGACACAGAGGAGCAGAAGACCACGCUGGAUACGCUGAAGAGCAUUGUUUAAACCACGAAGGAUCAGAAGGGUUUGUAAUGGAAAUCAGUUUAUUUUACUAAGCACCUGAGAGGACUGAAAGGACACAGGAUGAUUGAGUGAAGUGAUGAAUGAGUGAGUUUAUCUUCUUUAGGCUGUUUAAAAGUUGUACAGUGCAGGAGUAAAUUCCUUUUUAGUUCGUUUCUGCCGACUCGAGGUUUGGUCAUAUAUCAGUGAAGCAGUGCAUAAAUAGGCAAUGUGCUGAUUGCGUGGGGGAAAAAAAUUAUAGUAAUUUACUCCAUGAUUUGGCCUGUUGCAACAUUAAUGAACUGUUUUUGUGUUUAGCUUCUGAUAAAAAAAAAAAAAUACCACUGAGAUGUAAAUAUCAAAUAUAUUUUGCUUAUUUAUUUUUAAAAUAUUUAAAUAUAUUUUGCUUCAU